CAUGUGGUCAUAUCACCGGUAGGGGUGAAGGAAAACUUAAUCCAUUUGAAUAUAUAUAUAUAUAUAUAUAUCUUUUUUGUUUUGGUAAAGUUUGAAUAUAUACAGCUCACUACACCACAGUGUUAUCCUCUUCACUUUUGGUUAUCAUAAUCAAAUGCAAGACCUUGAAAUGGAACUAAUGAUGAAGAUUACCUACAAAGGAAGGCUUGUCUUGUCACAGAUGGAAAUAAAAGAAGUGGAAGUGAAACCAAAUUAAUAUUAGAUGAAAACUUUCAUUACGUAAUAUGAUUAUAUAAUUAACUUAAAAUUAUUUUAUUUUUAAAUUCAUAUUCUUUUUGUUUGAAAAGGAAACUAAAUGUUAUAUUAGAAGAUACAUAUUAUCAAAUAUUUUUAAUUUAAUUAUUACAUAAUCAAUUUGUCAUAUUUGUUUUUAAAUCUAGUGGACUGCGUAAUUGUAAUCAUGAGUACAUGCCUUUUUAUAUUUGUUUUUAAGACUUAAGAGGGUAUAAUCAAAUCUCCUUUCCAUGUGAUACUGAUAGGUGCACCAAGACCAUACAUUAUUCCUAUACCCUCUUAAGUCUUAAGCUAAGGAAUGCUUGCCUAUUUAAGAAAUGUUCCAUCUUAUAAGUUUUUAAGUGAAAGGAUAAGAUUACAAAUUAUUUAACAUCAUAUAAAAAUAAUAAUAAGACUAAUUUUAAUUUUAAACUUAAAUAAAGUAAUAUUAUAAUUUUUUUUUAAUUAAGUUGUUCGGGUCAGUUUACGCCCACCUCAACGAAUCUUUAACUCAUGAAUCAUGGUGCUAAGAUUUUCCUUCCGGUUUAUUUUUAUUGUAUCUGAAAUCUGAAUUAUAAAUUCAUUCUCAAGUUUAGAAAAGAGGGAUUUUCUUCCUCCAAAUUAAGAACUCGUCUAAAAUAUUAAUAAAUUGAUGUCCAAUUUACUCUAAUGGGAGCUAAUUCAGCAGCAGGAAUCGAAGCAACUGCAGCUUCGCCAAUGGUGGAAGGGAAUCAUAAUUUAUAAAUUUACCAUCAUCCUACACUACACCGCCAACUCAACACUCUGGAGAUGACUGAGAUCAUUUUCGGCAACAGAAAUUAGCAUUCUUUACAUGCGAUCAUCGUCUGUAUGAGAAGUUCUUAACAACCGUCUCGUUUUGUUCUUCACCAGAGACGAUAGGGGUUACUUUUUUCAAGUUUGCAGACAAAUGUCUGAAGAGCAUGAAAAUCAUUUACCAGGAGUGAAAUUAGGAAAGCAGGGAUUAGAGCUAUUUUUGUUGACCAGGUUUCCAGUUGGGAUUUAGAUGUGCCGGCCUAACUGGAGGUUUUCAUGAUCCUCUACCAGAGGAAGUUGUAAUUCAACUCAUUAAGGAUGCUUUCAGUAAGGGAAUUACAUUUUUUGAUACCGCAGAUGUGUAUGGAGCCAAUGCUAAUGAAAUUCUUGUUGGGAAGGCCUUCAAGCAGUUGCCAAGAGACAAAGUCCAACUUGCAACCAAAUUUGGCAUUGUUAGUGCUACCCCCUCUGCACCGAGUCGACAAAUCAGCUCCAAUAGAGCACACUAUGGGAGAACUUAAGAAGUUAGUUGCAGAGGGGAAGAUAAAGUACAUUGGAUUAUCUGAAGCAAGUCCAGAUAUAAUACGAAGAGUGCAUGCUGUUCAUCCCAUUACAGCAGUACAAAUGGAAUGGUCUUUGUGGACUCGGGAUAUUGAAGAAGAGAUAGUCCCACUUUGCAGGGAACUUGGCAUUGGGAUAGUGGCGUACUGCAAUCUUGGUCGUGGGUUUUUUGCUGGGAGAGCAGUUCUUCCUGCAAAUGGUUACUUGGGACAACAAAGGUAAAAAAUCUCUAUGAUAAUAUUGGUUCCAUAGAAGUGAAGCUCUCAGAAGACGACGUAAAAGAGAUUUCUGUUGCGGUACCAACGGAAGAAGUGGCAGGGUGUAGAAUACAUGAAAGCAUAUACCAAGACUAUGCAUGGAAGUUUGCGAAUACACCUAUGAAGGAUAGCAACAUAUCCGUGGGCAAACAAGCUAUUGAUUAAUGGACAAAGUUUUAGCGGUGAAGGAAAACGUGAUCAAGAUGUGAACCACCUCUCUCCCUCCUAUGGCCCUAUUACCUCAUUUAUGAUGACUUUGAUCUGAACAUCAAUUUAAGAAUUUGAAACAUUGGUAUUUGCCAUGGGCAAUGGAUCGUUCAUGGUGCUAAUGACCUCCUAGGGUAUGGGAUCCACAUCCAAUGGAUAGUGCGAGAUUGUUGUAGAAAGUCAUGUCUUGGAGAGGAGCAGGCUA